AUGUCAAGCCAAGGCCCCCUAACAGCCUUCCUGCUAUCAAGAACCCCCAAUGCCCUCAAACGCGCAACAACCCACCCCUUCCUCGCCUCCGCUGGCCACGGCACCCUGCCAAAAUCCCAAUUAAGCCAAUGGCUCUCCCAAGACAGACUCUACGCCCAAUCCUACAUCCGCUUCAUAGGCCUCCUCCUCUCAAAAAUCCGUCUCCCAACACAAAACCCAACAUCUCCAGGCCCACACAUCCCAACACCAGAACACAACGCAAUAACAGUCCUCAUCGACGCCCUAGUCAACAUCCGAACUGAACUCGCGUUCUUUGAAAAAACAGCAAAUGACUACAACCUAGAUCUAACAGCUAUCUCUGCUGAAGAAGGUGGUUGCACGCUUACUUCUUGCGGCUUGGGAUCGGAUAUUACUACCUCUGCUGGUAUAUCCACUAGUGGUUCUGGGAGUUGUCCGGGAAUUGCGGGCGGCGAGGGCCAAGGGCCACCGCUGGGUAACGGGAACGGUGGUUGUCUUCCGUCGACGGACGAGACAAGCAGUGCGCCUGGCCACGGACUUUGUCUCAGUCAAGGAGAAUGCCAGAUGCCUUCUGGUGGGGAAGUCUGUGCGCCUGGCCCUCAGUUCAAUCAGUCCGGACGGGGCGUGGAAUCUGCUGCUGUUGGUGGGGAUGUUGGAGGGAAAGUUGGUGCUCAGGGUGGUGAAGAGCCAUGUGGGACUAUUUUCUUCUGUGCGAACCGGACGACACGGGCUUAUAUUGAUAUGUUCAUGUCUGCUGGGAGUAGCGGGGUCUCUAUUUUGGAGGGGUUGGCUGUGCUGUGGGCUACGGAGGUUUGUUAUCUUCGGUCUUGGAGGUUUGCGGCGGGGUGUAUGGCUGAGGAUGGGGAGAGGGAUUAUAGGAAGGAUGCGGAUGGGGGAGCGUUGAGGGAGAAGUUCAUUGAGAAUUGGGCUAGUGUUGAGUUUGAGGGGUUUGUUGAUCGAAUUGGAGAUGUUGUUGAUGAGAUGGCGGGGCAGAUUAAGGGGGCGGAGGAGUUGGAGAUUAUGCGGGGAAGGUGUUUGGAGUGGUGGAGGCAAAUUGUUUGGUUGGAGGAGAAUUUUUGGCCGAACAUUGAAUGA